UUAUUUUUAAAUUUUAAUUGCUAUAACGAUAUUUUGAUUUGAUUUUGAUCAAUAUGCGAUAAAGAAAUAACUGGAAAAUCAAACUGAGUAAUUAUCUGAGAGGAAGUAUUAGUGGGUUUGGAAUCUGAUGUGGGAGUGAUACAUUUUAAUAUAUAAGGUCCAAGAUGUCUAUGUCAGACAUAACUACCAAAUAUUUCACAGUUAAUCAGCGUCGUUACACGAGGUAUAGCUUGAAAUUCACAGAAACGCUGCAAAAAUGAGAUACAUGUUUGCAUACGCAAUGUGUGUGAUGAUAGUGGUCAAUGCGCGGGCUCAUUUACCAGGAUCAAGCAGAAUGUUACCUCAACCCCUUGUCCCAGUCGGUUCACCAUUGAUUGACCCAUUCAGGACAGGCCCUGGUAUGUUUAGAGGCGGAUGGAACAAUGUAUUUCUACCACAAGGACACUUGGGCAGUUUUGGUCAGUGGCCACAAACUUGGGACAGUCGAAAUACCUGGAAUAAUGGUGUCUCUGUUAUAGAAAACAGAAUGGGUGGUUUUAAUAGCAAUGCUGUGGGAAGCACAGAUCCUUGGGAGCAAUAUAGACGGUUUAACUCAGGAAUGAGAGGCAUGACUGAUGGUAUAGAUACUUCAAGAGGGAUUUCAACUAAUGUAAUGUCAUCACGAAAUCAGCUUACACAGGGUCCAGUCAGUAACAAUGAUCCAUGGAAUACAUUCGCAGCACAGAACAACCUGUUGAAUACAUUUCCAACACAGAACAACCCAGCGAAUACAUUUCUAACAAAGAACAAUGUCAACACAAAUAUUCCAGCUGUAACUAAUGGUAUCAACCAGGGUUUUGUUAGUCCUCAGUUGUCACCAAAUGUCAACAACCAGUUCCGGAACCAACCCUUCCUUUCCCAGAGUUUUCCAAAUAGAUUACGGGCGACUAAUGGUGUAUUUGUCUAAUUGAUAACAAACAAAUAAUGUAAACAUAAUGCAGCAAACUAUAAACAUUUGAUGAGGAGUUAUUUGUAAGGCAAAAAAGUGAGAUCACACAUCUGAUUCAUUAAUCAAAACAUUUACUUUGAUGAUUAUUUUUUUUAUAUUUAUGCUUUAAUUAUUAGUUUUGAAUAUUUUUAUACAUUGUUGUUUUGUAAUAAAAGUAAC